AUGGACAGCUCCGUUUCUUCAUUGUUCCGCUCAGGCUCGAGCACCCGAGACUCAUCACCUUCUUCCGAGUCGCGAAGCAAGAUUCUUCCAGACCUUGAAUCCCAGACCUCGGCUCUGGGUCAUGUCGGACUCUUGAAAUGGCAACGCAAUGACCUGAGGAAGCAAUUGGUACGGCAGAAGGAAUUGACUGUCGCCGAGAAGCAGAACGCUGCCAAGGCGAGAAAAUUGGCGCUCCGUCUAGCCGCUCAGAUUGCGGUCAAGGAAGCCAGUAUUCGAAGCCACGCCAAAGCACUACAAACCUCGCGCGGCAAGAGCUAUGUAGCCGCAAGGAGGAGUGAUGCUACCAUCAAGGACCUGGAAGCAAAAUUGCAAGACGACUUGAUACGCGCAGACGCCCUCCUCCGGGCACUUGGCGGGUCCAAUGCAGUCUCCAAGCACGAUGGCCUUGGGUUUCACAUCUCUCGUCCUCUGUCCCCGCCGCUGUCACCGUUCAGCAGCCCGGCCCUGCAGGGGAAGAGGAGCAGAAGCUCUAGCUCUCAAAAGCUUCCUUCAGAGAUCCUUCAGCUUUGCCAGAUCAGAGCAGAGGCGCUGUUACGUGAAAAUAGCGAGCAAAGUGACAGCUUGCAACGUUUACAGCAAACGGAAUCUUCUUUACGAAGAACCAUUCUCGAAAAGACGGCCGAAAUCACUAGGCUGCAGACCUCGAAGGAUGAGAUCGAGAAGCAGCUUGCCCAAGCAAGGAAAGAAAUCGAAAGGUUGGAGAGCGAAGCUUUAAACAAUGAACGUUCCAUAGCCCAACUGUCGACAAAGAAGGAGACACUGGAGCAGACCGUCAUUAAAUUGACGGAUGAAGUCAAUCGCUUAAGGGAGCUCUCCGAACAGAGCGAGUUACAACUUGCUGGAGCCAAAAAUCAUAUUGAACAGCUUUCAAAAGAACGAGAGAAUACAGAGGCCAAACUGAGCACUCUGGAGAAAGAACUCAGACGCCUCGAAGAAGCUAAAACUGAGGCCUUGACGAAGGCUGACGACUUGCGUGAUCAGAUGUCGAAAAGAGAAGAAGAAGCCGCUGCCCAGGUCAAUGAUCUCUCACAUCAAAUUAAAGAUUUAGAAGCCGAAACAAUCAGUCUUCGAGAUACUCUUCAGACACACGAACAAAUAGAACUAUCGUUGAGCAGUGAGCUCGAGGCACUUCGAAAGUUGGAAGCCGAGGCCAAGCAUGAAGUGCGUCAUUUACAAUCAAAGCAUGAAGAAGCCAAAGAAAAUGCAAAGCAGCGCAUCAAGGAGCUAGAGGAUCACCUUCGCGAUUGUCAAGCUGAGAUCUCCUCGCUUCAGUUGAAAGUCCAUGAGUCCGAACGGAACGCAUCGGAUUUGAAAGACUCGCUCAUGCAUCUAGAGUCAGAAAAAGAAGAGGCCCUUCAAAAGACGCAGCAUUUAGAGGAAGAACAUCAAGCAAGAAAACAAGAGAGUUUGCUCCGAAUCGAAAAUCUCGAGAAGGAGAUACAGCAGCUUCGUGAGAGGCUUGCGAGCGUUACCUUAAGCGCUCAAGAACGGCAAGAAGCUGAGGCCAGUCUGCAGCAGAGGUUGUUAGAGACUGAAAGAGCGAAGACGGAGUUGGCUGCAGAUGUGGAGCGCUUGCAAACGGAGCGCUCUGCAAUGGAACAGUCUGCAGACAAGAGAAUAGGGUCUUUAAAAGGUCAGAACGAUAUUCUGCAAAGUAAAAUCACUCUACUUGAACAGGAGCAGCAGGAGAAUUUGCACAUACGUGAAUCUUUACAAGAAAAACUAGAGGAUCUUAAAUCGAGAGAAGCAGCCGUAGCUGCGGAACUGAGGCUUACCAAAGGACGACUUGAGGAGAGCCAAGAAGCUGCAAAGUAUCGAGUCACAGAACUGGAGGCUCGAGUUCAUACUUUGCAAAAUGAAAUUUCUGAGCGGGAAAAGGGGAGUCAACAGUCUGCUGAACUGCAAGCUUCACUGCGUGCGCAAUUAGAGAAGCUUAGGGAAAGUGAAUCAGAUCUCCUGAACGAGAUGGAGCGCCAUCGAGCGCAACAUGCAGCCACUCUCAAAGCCGUUGAGGAUGAGGCAGCCAGUUUGAAGCGUCAUUCGGUUGCACUUUCGGGUGAGAUCGCUUCCCUGCAGGCGAUUAAGCAAAGACAUGAAAAAGUGGUGGCAGAAUUGCAGUCGAAAAUAUCAGGCCUAGAGACAGAGUCUGUCAACAACCAGAAGGCGCAGUACGAGGCCAAUUCGAAACUUGAAGAAGCCAAACAAUCUCUGCACGACACAAGAACAGCGCUGCUAAAGGAGCAACAACGAACAGAGGAGCUCUUGCUUCUGCACAGUGAGCUCACAAAAAAGGUGUCUACCCACGAGAAGCGUGCAACAGUGUCUAACAAUCUCAUCAAAUCAAUUCGGGAGCAGCUGGCGAAUGCACAGAACAAGAUUGAUUCACUGGAGCAACACAAGAAAACAGUUGAACAGGAUUUAGAGCAAGCCAAUUCUCGCUUGCGUGAUUCGUACGCAAGCGAAAAUGAGCUCAGAGGACAUGUCGCAAAUCUUGAGCAGAGCAUCACCGAAUACGAAGAGUCAAUCUCAGUGCUACGCAUGAAACUCAAAGAAGCUCAAAACGCCGAGGUAGGCUCUGCAAAGGCGAUUACCGAUUUGCACUCUGAACUUCAUGGAUUGAACGAAAGGCUGUUGCAAACUCAGUCCGAGUUCAGUCAGUGCUCGAUCAAGCUCAAAGAGUCUGAGAAACUCCGCUAUGAAGUUGAGAUGCGACUUGUUGAUUCGAGGAAGUCCCAGUCGAAUUCUGAAGCAAAUCUAGAAGCCGAGCGUCAACGAAGCAAAAUGCUCGACGAGCAUCUAGGCAGAGAAAAGAGCCACGUUGAUUCGAUCAAACAUAUCUUAUCAGAGGUUCGGCAUGAAUUCGAAUCGGUUAAAAAAGAGAACUCGGCUUUGCAAACCGCGAAAUCGUCUCUCGAUGCCGAACUUGGAAAGCUUCGAUUAGAAACAGAGUCCCUGCAUGUUCGUUAUGUUCAGGAGCAAGACACCUGCAAGCAGCUCCGUGAGCGACUUGAAGCAGCAGUGGCGGCUCAGAAUGCUCUGAAAGAUGAGCUGGAAUGUGUGCGUAGCCUGAGCCGAAAGACAAAUGGCGAGAUGGAACAGUUGAGAGUAUCUUUGACGGAAGCGCUGUCUUGCAAAGAGGUCCAGAGCUCGAUCGCGCAAGCUGCUAACGAGCAAGUUACAGUAUUGACUUCUAAGCUUGAGACGCUUGAAAGUAAACUGGGCGAGCUGGAAGCGCUUGAACGUAAGAACGUUGAAACCGCUGCGACAAAUCAGGCGACCAUGAUGGAACUCAAAGAGCAGCUUUCGAGAUCGCACCAGGUCAAGACGCAAAUUGAAUCAGAGCUUGGUCAGUCGGAACAAAGGGUUUCCUCUCUUGAAGCCAGUAAGUCUGAGCUUGAAAAUCAACUUCGAGAUAGCAAUCACGAGGUACAAAACCUACGUGAAAUCAAUCAUAAUUUGGAGAAAGAAGUUGCCGAGGCCCAGAAGCAGAUCAAAGCCUUAGAAAAGAAGCAUCAAGACUUGGUCGACAGAUACGAAAUCGCAAAGUCGUCGAAUUCAGAACUUGAAGUUGCAAAAUGUAAUCUCUCAGAGGAAAUUACGCGGCAAAAAAUUCUGGUUCAGCAGAGCCAUGAAGAAAACGUCACACUCGGAGAGCGGUUGCGCGCAUCAGAGGCAUCAAUUGGCAAGCUUCACGACGAAAUCAAGCAACUGACUAUACAGGGUCGCGACACUCAAAGCCAGCUCCGCAAGAGUCAGGCUAUACGUGCAAGUCAUGAAAAUGCUCUUGGGUCCAUUCGAGUUCGCUUGGGGGCGUCGAAGAUGGCAAAGCGAAACGUUCAGAUCAAGCUCAGUCAAGCUGAGAAAGAACUGUCGACGCUGAGGACGCAAAACGAACGCCUCGAGGCAACACUUUCUGCAGCACUAUCCGAAGUUGCUGAAGGCCGCAGUUCAAUGGCUGAGCAGAGGCAGAAGAUACUUGACUUGCGGGAACGACAUGAAAUUGUCAGCCAAAGAAUGGAGACCUCUGAAAGCAAAGUCCAUGAACUGAAAGAAACCAUCAUGCGAUACGAGCGAGACUCGACAGAUUUCAAGCACGAAAUUGGCCGUCUGAAAUCGGUGGUUGACGAAGCGGAGACGGAAAUUGCGGUUCUGAAAGGGAAAAUUGGGUAUCUUCACGAGCAGAGAGCAAGGGAUGAAGAAGAGAUGGCAAGAUUAGAGGUCCAAAUAGAGAAGCUGCAACAAGCAAAAUCCACACUGAAUAAGACGUUAAAGGAGAAAACGGCGCAGAUCGACGAACAGCAAGUCAUCAUUGCUGAUCUUGAACGACGGGCCGACUCGGACCGAUUGGCAAUCACACAGCUUGAUUCUGAAAAAUCAGGCCUGGCGAAAGAGGCACAGGACUUGAGGACUGAGCUCGAUGGAAGGGAUGCGGCUCUGCUUGAGCAAAAGCGCCAAGUUCAAAAGCUCGAGCAGGAUCUUCGAGAAGUUAAGAAAGGCGCGCAGGAUCUGAGGACAAGACUGCAGAAUCAGGAAAACGAAAAUGCCUUGCUUCGCGAUCGCGAGACUCGGUAUACUGAAGAGGUAUCAGCUCUGCGGCGCCAGCUUGAGGAGAUGCGGGCUGAGAAGGGUGAUCUCGAAAGGCAGCUUCGACGAAACUCUCGUGGCGACGAGAAUGACGCUAAUCGUGCGGCGGACACGGGGAGGACGGAGGUUCGUGUGCAUUCUCCAUCUCCUUCUUCGAGCGCCAAAGAGUUGGAGCAAGCCUUGGUAGAGCCCGAGGAAGGCUAUGGCUUGAGCUCGAGGGAUCGCCGGAUGUCGGCAAGCAGCCGCCUGCGGAGCAGCCGCAGCAGUCUUAAGCCAUUCCGCAUCCUCGGUGCGGAAGCGGCAGCGAGCCAGCCUGGACUGGACGAGGAUGACACCAAGAAGCAGCUCUGGGACAUGUACGCCUCGCAGCACAAGCUUGACUCUCUGCACGAGGAAGAGGAGGACAAAGGCAAAACGGGCAAGGAGGAGCAACCAACGGUCCGCGUACGUCGACGACUGACCAAAAAGCGCAAAGAGGAGCACUUGAAGCCAGCUGGGCACGAGCAUGGCAAGUUCUACAAUUUGAUGCACUACGGAUCGACCAGUCGACCGCAAUUUGAGCGGCCAACGACGAGCUCGAGUCGGCCUCUGUCGAGUCUGAGCAGGCCGCUGACAAGCCUUGGAAACAUUUCUGGACGACUUUAA